CAACCCUUCCAGAAGUACAUCUAAUUUAUGUCGACAGAAGCAAAAGCUAACCAGUAUUGUCCAUCCUCGUAGAGUCGUAGACUGAUUUGGCCAAGUAAUUGAGCCCAAUAUAAAAGAACAUAGAAGAUAAAGAUUCUAUGGUCUGUCACAAAAGUCAAAAGAACAGAUAUCCCAGACGUAACGUGUCAUGUAUGCAUAAGCAUAAGUAGUAAGACUUUGGCUUAUAGUUUAACGGCUUCAAUAGUAACGCCACUUACCAUUUUCUUUCUUAGGAAAUUUCAAUUAACCAAAGAAAAAUUAACUGUGAGAAAAAUGAAACUGGAGCUGGUCUUUAUACCAUCACCUGGUGACGGCCACAUCCGGCCACUAGUGGAGGUUGCUAAGCUUCUUGUCGACCGUGACGACCAUGUCUCCGUCACCAUCAUCAUCAUCCCUCAAAUGCAUGCAUUCAGCAGCGGAAACACUUCCUCCUACAUCGCUUCUCUCUCCACCGCAUCUCAAGACCGCCUCCGCUACAACGUCCUCUCCGGCGCCGACGAACCUAACUCCGGAGACAACAAACACAAUUUGCUCACUUACAUCGAUAGCUUCAAGCCACAGGUGAAAGCCACCGUGGAGAAACUCGCUGGCCCGUCGCGGCUUGCUGGACUCGUUGUGGACAUGUUCUGCACGGCGAUGAUCGACGUAGCUAACGAGUUCGGCGUUCCGAGUUACCUGUUUUACACCUCCAACGCAACGUUUCUUGGACUGCAGAUUCACGUUCAGUACCUUAACGACGUUAAGAAAUUUGACGUCACCGAUCUCAAGGACUCGGAGGUUACCGAGUUGGAGGUUCCGAGUUUGACUCGUCCUUUUCCGGUCAAGUGUUUCCCUUCGGUGAUGCUAAACAAGGAGUGGUUACCGAUUCUGAUUAAGCAAGUGAGAAGAUUCCGAGAGACUAAGGGUAUUUUGGUAAAUACGUUUGCUGAGCUUGAGCCUCAAGCUAUGAAGUUUUUCUCCGGCGGAGAUAAUCCUCUUCCUACGGUGUAUCCAGUGGGACCCAUUCUGAACCUCAAAAUCAACGGUUCAGAUUCGACCUACGAUGAACAGUCGGAGAUACUACGGUGGUUGGACGAGCAGCCUCGUGAAUCCGUUGUGUUCCUCUGUUUCGGGAGCAUGGGAGGUUUCCGUGAGGAACAAGCAAAGGAAAUCGCAACCGCUCUUGAGCGGAGUGGCCACCGGUUCGUUUGGUCUCUUCGCCGUGCUCAGCCGAAAGGAACGAUGGGACCUCCCGGAGAAUUCACAAACUUCGAAGAGAUCCUCCCGGAGGGAUUCUUGGACCGGACGGCUAAGGUCGGGAAGGUCAUCGGUUGGGCCCCGCAAAGAGCCGUUUUGUCGAACCCUGCGGUCGGAGGAUUCGUGUCGCACUGUGGAUGGAACUCGACGUUGGAGAGUCUCUGGUUCGGUGUUCCGUUAGCCACGUGGCCGCUUUACGCGGAGCAACAAGUUAACGCGUUCGAGUUGGUGGAGGAGCUAGGGCUAGCGGUGGAGAUCAGGAACUUUUUCCGGUCAGAUUUCAUGGCGGUGGAGUCGGAGUUAAUGACGGCGGAGGAAAUCGAGAGAGGGAUCCGGAGUCUGAUGGAGAAGGAUAGUGGUGUUAGGGAUAGAGUGAAGGAGAUGAGUGAGAAGAGCCAUGUGGCGUUAAUGGACGGUGGAUCUUCUCAUGUUAAUCUUCUAAAGUUCAUUGAAGACGUCAUUAAGAAUAUCUCUUGAAAUGUUCAUAAAUCUAUGAGGAAUCUUCCAUGAUUCCCAUAUGGUUAUUAAUUAAUAUACCCGUUUCGUUAAUUAAAAUAUCAAUUCAACAAUCUUUUUAAGA